GUUGAUCACACCUCACACGCAGCGCGCAUUCGAUCUCGCAGUUGGCAUUGAACUCUGCAGCUGUUCGAAGAGAAGUCAAGGCGUCUUUUCAGGCUCGGAGGGUGAGCCUACCGCUGGGAUACAAGGCUUGGCGCAGUAACGCGAUAGAGAUCAGCUUUACGCGAUUCCCGAGUACUUUUCCGAAUACCUUCACCUUUGGGCUUUGGCAAACACCUCUCACAGUCUCCGUACUUUCACAAUACACCGCCCGCACACCUUACGCAUACACUUGUGCCUCAUCAACAACUGAUUUGCUGAUCGUCGGCAGUUGCUCUACCAUGCGCUCAGAAAUGAGAAGGUGGAACGACACUUAGCUGACUAGACAUCGCUCUUUUGUUUGCAUCAUCAUGCCUUCACAGGCGCACCCACAGGCGCAGUUUGUGCCCAUACCCCCAGAUUUCGACCCGAAAACACUCGUUGACAACACAAACAACUUCGACUGGGUGACCAGAGUCUCCACUGAUACGCUGAAGGAGCACUCCAUCCAAAGCUUCGAAGCGCUUGUUUUAGCUGUGGUGAUCCAGAGCGGAAAACCACUCGUCAUUGAAGAUUGGGGAGAGAGCCUUCCCCCUUGGCUCUUUAGUAGGAAAUGGCUUGAAGACAACUUGGGGUCCAACGCUGAAAGAGUUCGAGAUAUUCCCAAUGUCGUCGAUAUACCCAUGACGAUAGGUCAUUACUUGAGAUCUAUGGAACAGCUCACGAAGCAAUUCACAGCAUCCAACUAUCGAGAUCCCAAACGACAACGGUUAUAUCUGAAAGAUAUUGACUGCCCUGGUUCGUGGGCAGAUCAUUUGAAAGAGACCAUUCCGGAGUGCGUUUAUUACCUGAACGAUUGUAUUGAGUCCCGUACAGGUGGCGAUGGCGCAAUACGUGAGCCAAACGAAUACGGUCAAAUGCGAUACGGCAAAGGAGUUGCGCCGGCAGGCGAUCUGAUGUCUAGUCUUCCGCCAGAGAUGCGUGCUCAGAAUAUGAUGUGUUAUAUUGGUCAUGAAGGGACAUACACUGCCGCCCACCGAGAAAUGUGCGCUUCCCUUGGCCACAACAUCAUGAUCGAAGCCUCCGAAGAUGGACGAGGAGAGAAAGCUGGUAGUUCCAUAUGGUUCAUGACUGAAACCAAAGAGCGUGAGGUUGUGUCCGAAUACUUUCUCUCCAUGCUUGGCCACGACAUUGAAGUUGAGAAGCACUUUGCUCAGGUCAACGCUUGGAAGAAGGCGCCAUUCAACGUCUGGGUUGUUGAUCAAAGAGUGGGAGACCUGAUUCUCAUUCCUCCAUUGGCCCCGCACCAAGUCUGGAACCGUGGAACCCGUACUAUCAAAGCCGCCUGGAAUCGUACGACUGUUGACACUCUCGAGCUUGCAAUACACGAGGCUCUCCCUCGUGCCCGGAUGGUCUGCCGAGACGAACAAUACAAAUGCAAGGCAAUCAUUUACUACACGCUAGUAAACUACUACGAUCUCCUCCAGCGAGAUACGAUUGAGCCGAAGAUGUGGAAGUACGGCCGGAUCAAACAACUGUUGGAAGACUUCAAGCGGCUGUUCUCAUUGUAUCAAGAGGUUUUGGUCAGCGAAAUGUUCUCACCAAAGCUGCCAGAAGAGGAAAAUGUUGAGAUGUUACCAUACGACUCAAACGUCACUUGCUCGUACUGCCGUUGCAACAUUUUCAAUCGGUUCCUUACUUGCAAGGCUUGCAUCCAGUACGGUCCGAAUGGAGAAGAAGAUACAUAUGAUGUGUGCAUGGAUUGUUAUGCAAUGGGUCGUUCUUGUGCUUGCAUUUCUAAUUUGAGCUGGGUUGAGCAAUGGAAUUGGAGCACCCUUGUUACAAAUUAUGAACAGUGGCGGAACAUCGUCGUGCAAUUUGACGGAUACUUCGACACGAUGAGGUCUCCUCAACCGCUUGAUAUUGCGAGGAAGAGAUCUGGAAAGAAACCCAUUGCUGAAGUCUGUCAGGAGCAGCUGAAGCUUCGACCGUUUACCGAUAUAACCAAGCCGAAGGAGCCAACUCCAGAAAUGUCAGACGUUGAGCCUGAAGUCGACGAUGAAGGACGUCUUAAAAAACGAAAGGGGGGGAAGAAGUCGAAACAAUGGAAACCUGGCAGAGGAAGAGUCGAACCAACAAAGGGCAAGACGCAGGCCUGCCAUAUCUGUUGCCAUCAUGACUACAAAUGGAAACUCGCCUUCUGUACGACAUGUAGUCUAGCGUACUGUUAUGGCACCUUGUGGCGUGCUUUCGAUUUGAUGCCUCAGACGGUCAUGGAAGACAAGGAAUGGCAGUGUCCGAGAUGUUUGAAGAUGUGCCCUUGCGGGAAGUGUCGAAAGGACCCGAGACAGACCCCCUAUCAGCCGAAGGGAACACUCCUUGGCCACGACACAAGAAAAGUAGCUGAUUAUCGAAGUAUGGAAAGUCUCGUUGAUUUCUCGAAGACAAAUUUGGGUUGGCUGCGUGACGAAAAUGCGGACAAUCCUCACGAGUCUGGGAGGAUGAAGAAAUUGAAGGAGAAAGCCGAGGCAGAAAAAGCUCGUGUCGACACAGUGGAUGAAAGUUUCCUUAACGAUGGUGCCCCCCAAGAUCCAUUUGCCGGUGCUGCUGUUGAUGACAACGCUACCGGCAUGGCCGAUAUUGACCCGGAGCUCCGCGACUCUGAUCCAUUCUCCUCAUUUACAAAUGGUAAUGGUCACUUCCAGAGCCCUUACGACCUUGUAGACUCUGUUGCGAAUGGAGAUGACAUGAAUAUAACCAACGGAUUCAGUGAGGAUCCGAACCUUUGGAUGGAUGGCCAUUAUGAUCUGGACGAUUAUGAUUCCUUCAAUCAACAACCAGCAAGUUAUCCUUCACGACUCCUUGCCCCAGUAGCCCCAAUACCGGCUCCAGAGCAAUCGUACCCGGAUCCAUCCAACAUCGGCCAGAACCGGAUGAUGGGCAUUGGUUAUUAUCAGCAAGGUAAUGGUAUCGACAAGAUCCUCUACGAUCCUCCCAAUUCGAAUAAUUCAGUGGACGACUUAUCCCAGCCAAUGGCUCAACGACAGAUCCCAAAUAUGGCACUGUCAGACCUCCUGGACCCGGCAUUGCAGCCACUGUCAGAGACAGGCAAAAAGCGAAAGAAGAUUGGUGAAACUGGAAGCGGAGAUGAACAUGACCUAGAGUUCUUCGCUUCCAAACGCCAAAAGACGCUUGCGAAGAAGAGAGAAGCUAAACAAGAAGACAUUGAUGAAGUCACUUACGGCUCGAAGCCCGACAACCGUCCACCUCGUCGCAGUACAGGAAAACCGCAAACGUACAUUGAUUUGGGCGAGGAUGCGGUUUCUAUCGAGGAAGAUGAAGAACUUUCGCAAUUCUCUCAUAUGCGUAAGAAAGAGCAUGGCGAUUCUGAUUUGGAUCUUCCUGCUCAAGCGAUGAGUCGUCGUGGAAAGCCCAAGCCCAAAGAAAAGAAGCCUACCCCAGCAAAGAGAAGAAGCAUGCGAGCGCAGCCAUCUAGUAGAUCCGGAUCACCAUCGGGAGCCCCAAAUACAAUCAAGACACCCCGAAAGUCAGCUUGGCUUGCGAGAAAAGAAGCAGAGGAGGCUGGAGUUCCCUUCCCUGAGGAAUUGCCGAAGAGAACGAAGAGACCGCGUGCUUCCACUGCGACUGAUGCAACUAAAUCUUCACCAGCUGUGGAAAUAUUUUCCGGAUCCGAGGGCGGCGUGGCUCUCGAUGACAGUGAUGUUGACAGCCUUUUCGGUGAGCCACGGGAGCGACCAAAGAAUGACGAGGGUGUCACCUGGCGUCCUUCUGGGGUGGAUCCGAAGGUACAGAUUGCCGAACCGAGGAGUAUUUCAGUCAAUCAAGACGAUGAGCGGCCAGUCUCUAAGCCUGUUGUGAAGGUUGUGCAGACAUCACCCCAGCCAAGUCAUGACCAGCCAGAAAAGCCAGUUGCCAAACGCAGAGGCAGACCCCCAAAGAAGCCACAAGCGGCUCCACCGCUCGACCUUGAAUCGCCGUCACCCCCGCCAACCCGAUCUGCCCCAGUGCCGAAGUUACUUUCCCUUAAGGAAAAACUUGCAUUGAAAGGUAAAUCGUUCAAGAUUGUUGCCAAGAAGGGGCCUGAACUAGCAGCCUCGACUUCCGGUCCUCCAAGUGCAAGAAGCACCCCAUCAAUACUUAGGCCGAUCUUGAAGAGCCCAUCAAUCGCCAGCCCUGUCGGAUGGAGGAGCGUGAAUGGAAAAUCACAGCCGGCGGGUGACAGAUAUGCGAGUUCCCCUGCCGAGUCGUCAAAUAGCAAAAAUGUGUCAUUCGCACCUGCACCAGCUCCACCAGCGAAGAAGGGUCCUACGGUUGUUCGACUUGUGAGCCCCGAAUCGACCUUCGAAGACUCGGGAGCGGAGCGUUCAGAAGAUGAUGCCUCUAGAGGAUCUGUUCCAGAUGACUCGUCAGACGAUAGUGAUGCAAGCAUACCUGCUGUUCGAGUAUCGCCAAAGCUCUUGCGUGGCGGCGGCGUUUCACUCCGGGGACGAGGGGGUGUCAGAGGUGGUAUGACUGCGAAGCGAGGACGGCCAGCAGCUAUCAAGGAUAAAUAGUGAUCUAGAGAGCGCUGCUUGAUGUGUAGGAACCGAAGCUUUACUGUGUAAAUAUUCAGAAAUUCGGAGGCUUGCGCUGGUUUCCUUUGAUGCUGUACGUCAGAAUCUAGACAAGCAAAAUGUUUUGCUGUCUUCGGGAACAUCCAUCACGGCUGGUCGGAAGGAAAGCGACGCAAGCCAACAUACAUAGGUUAUUAGAAGGAGACAUAAUAGAGGAAAAGCAUGCAAUUUUCUUAAAGGG